UUUAAAACAUUGUUCUUAGAAACAAAUUCAGAGACAGACAGUCAACGGAAAAGUAAGCCGAGAAGAAAUCGUACAACAUUUUCUAGUUGUCAGUUGCGAGCAUUAGAAAAAGUGUUUGAAAGGACUCAUUAUCCAGACGCGUUUGUCAGAGAGGAACUGGCAAGAAGAGUUUGUCUGUCAGAGGCUAGAGUUCAAGUUUGGUUUCAAAACCGGAGGGCGAAAUUCCGAAGGAACGAAAGAAGUAGUCUGUCGAGGAACAACCCCACACUAUCAACCGUACCCGAUUGCAGAUCUCCGAACGUAGAACAACCCCUUUUACCCAGGUCAAAUACGAACGUCGUUCACGCGGAACCUCCAUUUACAGCUGGCUCUGGUUUUGGUGGUCUUCUGGAGUACUCAGCGUGGAAAUCGAACGGCUUGUCACAGUGUGGAAUGUUUCAACACUCGUCAAGUUACCCGGCUUUUUUACCUGCAGCAGUCUCCACCACAGGUAGUCAUGCCCACGGUAAUCCUUCGAUGUCGAUGGCAGUUUCAAACUGUCUAGUACCGAACCACCACCAUCACCACCAUCACCAUGCCGGUUACAUGGUUUCCACUAACCUGGCGAACAUGAGAAUUCGUCCUCAAGAAUAUUAUAUGGACACACCUCAUAUGUAGUAGACUUUCAGACCACGUAUAUAUAUACCAUAAAUUACAGCUCGUCAACAUGUGUUUUUAUUAUAUUUAAAAUAUACUUUAUUUUGUUCGCUUUUACUUUUAUUUUCGUACAUUAUUAUUAAUUAUACAGUGUCUCAUCUCCAUUGUCUUCUUAAACAACUUUUUUUCUAAAUAAUAUUUUUGAAAAGAAGAUGGGCAAGUUCAGAUUACUGGUCUGCUAUACAAUAUGAGUCUAAAGGGGUAAAGUGGGUCUCUAUAUCAAAUUUGAAUUCUAUGAUAUAAAAUCGUUGUAUACGAAUGUCAAAGGAGGUCUAUCAGCCUAUAUUAGUCAUUUAUACACGACUAUAAAGACUAUUAAUGAUCAUCAAUCAAUAAUCAUCAUUCAUCGUGGACCUGCAGGCUGUGUGCAAUAAUAUAUCGACGAUAAACCGUUUCCUGGGAAAAAUAAUAGUUUCACUAAAAAUGGAUUACCUACUGUUUAGUUAUCUUAGUUGAUACGUUCAAAUUCAAUAUAAAUAUUAGAUAUAUUAUAUUUUCCACAAUUUUUCUUAUUUUGUUAUCAUGAUUCUUCUACUGUUUACGUUGUGGAGGGAGAACUUGAUUCUCCCGAUAAACGUUUUUCCAAUCAUAUAAAGCUGCUCAAACGCCCAGCUACCGUUUAGUUACGAAAAGCCCACCUAAUCAACAGAUAAGUCCUCUACCAUUUUUAUAUUAAUAGCAUACUAUGUACAAACAUCUAGAAAUUAGUAGACU